UCGAGUACGGAUUCUCUUGCUUCAGCUUCCUAUUUUUCUUGUAAUUUUUCAUCAUCGAUUCGGGUGGGGAAUGUUGUUCAUCAUUCUCCAUCGUUCUCCAUUGCCUGAAAUUCAUCUCUUUAGCUCUUCAUUGACGAUUCUUGAAUCCGGAAGGAAGUUCGUCCCUGUUCUGGAUUCAAAUUUCUAGAUUUCCAAUCCACAAUCCAUUUCCAAGAUCGAAAUAAUCGCUCAUUCUCUCUGGAAUGCAUUGACAUUAAUCUAGAAUUACAUCUUGAUUUUCGAUUUUUUUUGGUCAGUCAUGGACUUGAGAUCCGGCGGUAGAAAGUUGUCUUUCGAUGUGCUUCGCGGAAGCGGUUCUUAUGAAGAAGACAGAUCCUUAAUUUUUGGCUCAAACUCUGAUCCAAUUUCAAAUGGCGUUGAAGAAUCCGUAACGCUGAAUUCGAUUGAGAAGCCAAAUCGGAAAAAGAAGCGGCAUCGUGGCUCAAAGAAGAAUAAGGCGACGACGGCACCUACGGAUUGCUAUAUUCCGGAGGAUCCGAUUGCUGAAAAAUGCAUGAUCUCUAAUUAUGUUGUCGACAAGCCUGAAGACUUUGGGCGACUGUCCGUGGAUAGAGACGAUAUUUGUACAAAUCGAUUGGAACUGCAAUUGAGUUACCGUGGCUGUUCUACUGAGACUGUGGUUUAUGAGGAGUUGCCUAUUCCCGAGAAGAGGCGAGGAAGCAUAUCGAUAUUGGCGCAGGGAACAGAGGCGGACUGUCAAAAUGUGCGCAAUGAUCGGUAUAAUUUCAGUGAGUUGAGGCAAAGAACUGUGAAUGGAGAUGAUGUAUCAUCAAGGUUUGGCGAUGAUAAGAACGUGGAAACUUGCGUGGAAGCAAACUCUGGAUUGAAGCAAAAAAUUGAGCCAAAUAGAAAUGCGUUGCCAAGAUUGGAGACUUCAGGGUCCUUGGACUGGAAGCGGCUCAUGGCUGAGGAUCCUAAUUAUAUGUUUUCUGCAGAUAAGUCACCAUUUAAAUGCUACAUGGAGGAAAUGUUUAGUGGAAAUUCAUUGCGGAUCACUACCACUUUUGGCAAUGAGAAAGAACGAGAAAGAGUUUAUGAUUCUAUCUUCCGCUUACCAUGGAGAUGUGAAUUGCUCAUAGACGUCGGCUUCUUUGUCUGCCUUGAUUCAUUUCUUUCAUUGUUAACUGUUAUGCCAACACGGAUUUUGAUAACUCUUUGGAGGCUUUUUAUUACAAGGAAGUUCGAAAGACCUUCUUCAGCAGAGUUGUCUGAUUUAGGCUGUUUUUUAAUAAUGGCAUGCGGAGUUUCUCUCUUAGAAUUGACAGAUAUCAGCUUAAUUUAUCACAUGAUCCGUGGUCAAGGAACAAUUAAACUAUAUGUCGUUUACAAUGUAUUGGAGAUAUUUGAUAAACUAUUUCAAAGUUUUGGUGGAGACGUGCUGCAAACUUUAUUUAAUUCUGCAGAUGGACUAGCAAAUUGUCCAUCUGAAAACGUGGGCUUCUGGAUUGGAAGAUUCAUUUCUGAUCAAAUUUUGGCUGUGGCUGCCUCAAUUAUUCAUUCUUUUAUCCUAUUAGCUCAGGCAAUUACCCUAUCAACCUGCAUUGUGGCACAUAACAACGCCUUGCUCGCUUUGCUGGUGUCUAAUAACUUUGCAGAGAUUAAAAGCAAUGUAUUUAAGCGUUACAGCAAGGACAAUAUCCACAGCUUGGUUUAUUUUGAUUCAAUUGAAAGAUUCCACAUUUUGGCAUUUCUCUUGUUUGUUUUGGCUCAAAACAUUUUGGAGGCGGAGGGUCCCUGGUUCUGGAAUUUUCUCUAUAACGCCCUAAUGGUUUUCAUCUGUGAAAUGCUCAUUGAUAUCAUAAAACACUCAUUCUUAGCUAAAUUCAACGGCAUAAAGCCUAUUGCAUAUGCAGAGUUUCUUGAAGACCUUUGCAAACAGGCUCUAAAUAUGCAAAGUGAAGAUGCAAAGAAAAAUUUGACAUUUAUUCCGGUUGCGCCAGCAUGUGUGGUCAUUCGCGUGCUGACGCCGGUAUAUGCUGCCCUUUUUCCUUACAAUCCUCUCCCAUGGAGGUUUCUUUCGGUUCCGCUCCUCUUCGGUGUGACCUAUGUGAUGCUCAUAAGCCUCAAGCUUUUGGUUGACGUAAGUCUGCAGAAGUAUGCAACUUGGUAUAUCGACCGAUGCCGAAAGAGGAAGCACCAUCUCCAUGCUGACUAAUCUGAAGAAGGAUCUAAAUUAACUUGCACAUAUUAUAAUCGAGUGACAUUGCUACUUCAAGUGGUCGCCAUGACAUGCACAAUGUGUAGAGGACAACUCACCUUGCUCAUGCUAUGCGUCGAAGCAGCAACCUUGAAAGCGUUUUUGCCACAGGUUUUUUGCAGUAUUGUUAUAUUUUUCGGUUUCAAAAUUAAAACUGUGAAUAUAAAGGGAAAAAGAAAAAUGAACUUUUGCAUCAAUUGCAAUUUACUACCAUCUUAUAGGAAGAGGUUGUGGCUUAUGGAGUUGGCAAUCACACUCUAAUAUGGUCCACACAAGAAAUUGUAUUACUGAAUAAAAAUAAUAAUAUUAGAAAAUAUUUUGCAA